GGGAACGAGGCAGCAUCGCCGUCCGCGCCGGCUGGGCCAUGAAUGGGCUGCCCUCGGCCGAGGCGCCGGGCGGCGCUGCCUGCGCCCUAGCCGGGCUCCCUCCGUUACCGCGCGGCCUCAGCGGUCUCCUCAACGCAAGCGGGGGUUCGUGGCGGGAGCUGGAGCGCGUUUACAGCCAGCGCAGCCGCAUCCACGACGAGCUGAGCCGCGCGGCCCGCAUCCCAGAUGGGCCCCGCUACGCUGCGGGCGCCACCAACGCGGGACCCGCCGCUGGUCCCCUCGGCCCGCGUCGCCCUGUCAAUCUCGACUCAGCACUAGCAGCCCUGCGCAAGGAGAUGGUGGGGCUGCGGCAGCUGGACAUGUCCCUGCUGUGCCAGCUGUGGGGCCUGUACGAGUCAAUCCAAGACUAUAAGCACCUGUGCCAAGACUUGAGCCUGUGCCAGGACCUGUCAUCCUCCCUGCACUCAGACAGCUCUUAUCCACCUGAUGCUGGCCUGUCUGAUGACGAUGAGCCUCCUGAUGCCAGCCUGCCCCCGGACCCGCCACCCCUCACUGUGCCCCAGACACACAAUGCCCGGGACCAGUGGCUGCAGGACGCCUUUCACAUCAGCCUCUGAAGAGCUGGGGGUGGGGGGAAAGUGCACCCCUGCAAAAGGCUCAGAAACUCACCCCUUACUAGGUACUCAGACUUAUAGUGCCUGCUUCCCCCUGUACCACCUCACUUCACAAGAAGGCAAGCCUUGGGACCCUCAGAGGCAAAGUUGCCAACCCCCCUCUCCUGACUCUGGUUAGCUAGUACUGGGGCAGGCAGCUGGGCUACAGCCUUUGCCCCUGGCACUGGACCUCCUCUACUCUCACAUGUGUGCACCCCAGCUUGGCCAACCGUCAGUCUGGUGGUGGGGCCCAAAGCAUCUGGCACUCCCCUCGACGUCUCUGGGAUUGGGAUGAGUGCCUGGUUCCCAUCUCCUUUUCACCUUUUGCUGCUAUUGGCAGCUGCUUGCUCAGGGGCAUCCCACCUCUGCUCUCUGGGUUCCACUGCUCUAGACCAGGGCAUCCCCAUUCUUGCACCCACCCACGGCCGGGAGGGCCAAGGUUCCGUGCUGGAUAUUUAAGUUUAGGGGCCAGACUCUUGGGCACAUAGGUAAAUAAAUACUCUCUCUGCA